AUGUAUAUUGAUCACACUUAUUUUCAAUUUCAAACAUUAUCAACUGUACCAUGCCAAUCUGUAUUAGAUUAUUAUUUUAAAUAUCUAACUGAUCCACAUCCUAAUACGAAUCGUUAUUUAUCCAUUCAAGCUACAUAUAUAUUACAAGCUCGAUAUGUUGCAUAUUACAGUGGAUCUCUUAAUUAUGUUAAAUCAAUUAAUUCAUUAAAUGGUACUGUAACUGUAUCAUUUAGUGAUCGAACAUGGACUCCAUCAUGUAGUUUACUGUUAUGUCCUUAUCAAAAUUUUAAUUAUAAAAAUAAUGAUAUACAAACUAUUGUAAUUAAUAGAUUAGGUUCUAUUAAAUAUAUAUUAAAUAGUUGGGGUAAUGGAAAGUUUACAGAUCAAUUACAAUGUUAUGGUAUAGAUAAACCACUUUAUACAGCACCAACACAACAAUCAUCAUCUAUGUUUGUAAUGACUUUAAAAAAGGGAGAAUAUACUAUACCAAAAUAA